ACCCUGAUCUUUAAAGAAAGAUCACAUAUGCUUGUUAUAUAUAUCGGACAAAGAUUUGCUUGAAGAAACAGAGCAGAAACAGAACACGUCUUCGGUUUUUUAAGAUGGCGAGAAGACAACUCUUAAAACUUCGAACAUUCUUGGUUUUAGCUGUUCUGUCUCUUGUGAUCGUAUUGAAGCCUGUCCUAGUUACUCCAAAAACUGAGACACAGAUCGGCUAUGGAACCAAAGGACAAGAAUUGAAUGAGACUACCCACCUGAGACGAAUUGAGAUCGAUCCCAAGAGAAGAACAAGGACACGGAGGUUGAUGGAUGUUGAGGAGAUUAACGAUUAUCCAGGGUCAGGUGCUAAUAACCGUCACACUCCAAGAUCACAUUGCCCUGACUGCUAAUUUAUUAUAAUGUAGAGCACCUACAAAAAUUGUACUAAUAAUCACAAUUUUAUAUGCUACGUAUCAAAGAUUUAACAUUAUGGAAUCCUAAUCUAAAAGGCUAUGCGAAGAUAUCAAAUAUUCUUUUAA